AUGGCAUCGAAAAGUUUGCAACUAGAAGACACCAAUGCCAAACAUUGCUCUCCAACGAGGCCCACCACCAAAUCAGCCGGACAAUCUCCAACACCCGACAGGUUGAGGAGCUGCAACACCACUCCUGCCCACAACGCCAAACGUUCAGCAACCAAUAGUCCGCGGACGACUCCUCAGAGACCAUCGCUCAACAAACAUGGCACCCCGAAAAGUGCACCCGCACGCCAGAAAACGUCUGCGAAAAGAUGUGAGUCCAGCUUGUUGGGAGAUUUCCUCUUGGGUAGGCCAUACCCAUACCGAGCUCGCAGAGCCACUGUGACGCGCAGAGCUAGCCUGGAAGCUGUCAAAGCAGAUAUGAAAGCUGAGUUUGUGGCCAAAUUACAAGCGCCCAAUAAAGUUCAAGAUCGAGUUCGCCAAUGGCAGAAAACUAGUGCAGGUAUCGUUAUAGAAGAUGUCGUGGGCAAUAAUUGUGAGAAACUUGGGGACACUGGCCAGAAAAAUAGUAACCUUAAAGAUGGAAAGAAUCCAGGACGAAAUAGCAGUAAAUCGCAAGGUGACAAGGUGGACAGUAUUAAAAGUAACAUCACUCCACACGCUAAGGUAGCCACUCCAAAGAAGAAAGUAAUUAAUGAUUCUCAAUGGAUGAAAGACAAAAAAGGAGCUCAUCAAAAGAAAGAAAGUGCAAUGCCUAUAAUCUUCUCGCAAACAGCAUCACUAAAUCCUCCACUAGAGAAGAAGAUUAAGGACUGGGUCAAAAGGACAGAAUUUGAAGAGCUAGAAACUCGCACUGGAGUCAAUUUUGAUGGGGGAACAAAGGAACAGAAAGAAGAUCAAGAUGUUUCACGGACUGUAGUCUCCAAAGCUCUUUCAUCUCGGCAUCUUAAAGAAUCUCCGACUACGAAAGUCAAUUUAGCCAAGAGCGCAGGAACUCAAACUUCCCUAAAAUCUUCAGUCAAUAAAAGUAAAAGCAAGAAGAGGGCUACUCCAUCUGGGAGUACCAGGACCGCUGAUACUCAAAAUUUGGAUGAAGACGAUUCUACCAGGGGUAGCCAUACAAUUAAAAACUCAAAGGAAGAUGCGUCUAAGUCCAAUCUCAAACCACUAAUCACAUCUAAGAGAGCCACUUCGAAGCGUCUUGGAGAGCAGCAACCAAGCUCACCCAAACGUUCCCAACUUAAACACAGUAAUAAGUGUUUACAAAAGUGCAGUAAUGGGUCAAGUAAUUAUAGCGAUAGUUGUGCGCUCUGCACCCCAACAAAGCAAGAAGCAGACGAAGAGAGCUUGUCUGAAGUUUCUUCAUCUCUCCGCAAGGAUAUCCUCAACCGAUCUCACUGCUCGACGGUGAAUAAUGUCGACCUGAAUGAGAUAUUAGUGGGCAAUUCGGCAUUCAGCGUCCUCGAUCUACCAGUUGGGGCUGAAGCUAUAAGCCUCAGAAAAGCACCACCAAAGCGAAACUCGAGCUUUGUUGUCCCAAAGGUACUAAAAAAAGUAUAUCACGAGGGCAAAAGAAUUGUUCACGAGAGCUCUGAACCCUCCAAGCCAGGUCCAAUGCAUCCUGGAAGUAUAGAAUCUUGGUUAAAAAAGACUAGUGACCCAUUCAUCGAUCCAUCGUCACCGCCAUCUACAGCCCUUAGAGAAUCUCCACACCAGGAUGGCCAAAGCCGUCUUGAGGAUAUCAAACUCAACAAAGAAUCCCAAAUUAAUUCAAGAAGUAGUCCGUGUCGCAAUCUUACAAAAGGAUCGUCGAAUUCAAGUGCACAACGCAAGAAAUCUCAUAGCUCAUCAUCUAAAACAUUCCAACCUGAUAACCCUUCUGGAACCCUAAAACGAAGUCAGGCUACACGGCGUAUAUCUUCCCCGAAAUCAGGUAGGAAGACUGUACUCAAAGAAAAUAUUUAUGAUGCGUUUCACGGGGAGUCAGUCAUGAAAAGACCCAAUUCUCCAAAUCCCUAUGACUUCGUUAGCCCAAGAGAGAAAGAAUCUAAUCAUGAUUCCAAAAGCCCUAAGGUACCAUUGUCAGAAUUUGGUAUUAGAAAUACAACUAAAAAGUCAGGUCUCCGAGCAGCCGGGGAAGACAGCAAAAUAAAAAUUACUGACGAUGAGAAAAUCUCAACUUUAUCCCAUCACCCGGUGCUACUUCCUGAUACCAAAAUUCCUUCCACUGUCACUCCCUUGACUUCUCUCGGUACCAAUUCAGUCAUCUCGCACAAUGAAUCCAUCGGUGCUCACACUAGUAUCACGCAGGAAUCAACUAUUCGUACGACUCCAAGCAACUCAUGUAUAUCUCGUAAAAGUAAAGACUCUCAGAGAAAAUGUGGUGUCAGAAGAAGACUUACGAAACAUUCAGAACUUAUUUCUAUUUUGUCGUUGCGUGAUACGACGGAUCCAAGAAAUUCGGGAAGUAUCAGAUCAGCAUGCAGUGUAGGAACUUGUAAAAAGAGAUAUAAUGUAACUUCAAUCGAUGACGUAUUGAUAGCUUUAGCGGAGGACGAAUCAAAUUACAUGUGGGAGCUAGAUACUCUAGUAGAUGGAGUAAUUCCUGUCCUGCUGAGUUACGUAUCAUCGGAUGCGAAUAGCACUGAGCUGUUCGACACGCUUGCCGUAUCUCCUGAUGACACGUCUUUCACUCAACCUGUAAUUGAUAUGGGCGUUGCGCUCAAAAAUUUACGCAGCCAUCACAAACGUAUACCUCUCGCUGACGCCUAUGCCUUUAUUCUCUGGGCUGAUGGUGUUCGACAUGUAUACGAAGAAUAUCUCCACGCAUGGCGCUCUGGGUUUGAAGACAUAGUUGUUAAUUUGGCACCAGUUUCUUCGUACACUAAGACGGCAUUGAGCGAGAUGAAGCGAGAUCAAAAUGGAGACUUACUUGGUGAAAAGGGAGAGAAGAUCGUUGUUUCUGCUCUACUGAAGAAACCGAUGAUACGAAUUAAGCAUAUUAACAGAGCACUCAAGAGUUUCGGUAAAUUUCAGGAGAUCUGCAACAAAUCAAAGCUAGCUUGUUAUGACUACGACGAACUCUUAGAUCUCAGUCGGCGUCGCGUGAGAGAGGAAAGAGCCCGGAAAAUUGACCGACAAGCAUGGAAUGCCGAAACUACACGGGCCCGCAACCUUCGUACUUUGAAUCCGGCCGGAAAAUUCGAGGUCAAUCGUCUAUAUCAAGUUAUUGCUAAAGAUUACUUUUCCCUCGAGCUACCACACUCUACAGGCCAGCGAAUGAAUUGUGGAGUCGAGCUAGUCCUCAGGAAUGUUCCUGGAUUCGAUCACCAAGGUGACUUACUUAUUUUCAAGAAAGACGAUUUGGAAAGUUUUCUUCUGUUUAAACCUAUACCAAGAGGGGAACUGUCGGCUAGACUUGGGAAUCGCCGCGAUCAGAUCAUUGUCAUGGUGCGUGGCACAGGAUACGAAGAACUUUUGAUACUAGAUGCAGAAGAUGAUGAAGUAGCACUAGACUGGAUUGGAAUGUUGGGAGAUAACCCAGUACCCCCCCCAGUUGUUCGAAACCGGCUCAAAAUUAAUCCCACAUUAGCUUCAAUUAUUACAACGCCGGACGCUGAUAAUGCCAGUGUUUUUGGGGCCCUGAAGGAUGUAGACAUGGAUCAAACACCUAUCGGCGAACGACCGAGCGAUAAAAUAACCACUCCAACUCGCUCUAGAGCAUCUAGUCAACCAAGUACUGUCAUAAAAGGUUAUGUCAGUCCGGUAGAGAAGCUCAAAAAGUGCCUAAAUUCUCAAGAGUUUGCACGUGUAUGCGAGAGCAGUGUUCUCGACUUAACGACUGCGGACAGUAUUCUCAUUGAGAAAGGAAUUUCCCCAAUUACUGGCUCGUCGGUCGUAGGAGCCAGAGAGGAUAAUAGUAAACGUAAUCAUUCUCAACACUGGGCAAUGUCAGGGGGGUUGAAUCCUAACUCCAGGGAAUUGGGAUCAAUCAAACACGACUCUAAAAUAACUGAAACUGUCGGCUUAGAUCAAAUAUCCUCGGAACAGAAAUGCUCAGAUUUAGUGGAGGGAAAACGUAGUUCACGGCGAAAUUCAGUUAUAUCUCUUCGAGACGAUGGUGCGCCGCCGCCGCCCAUCCAUAAGACACCCAUUUCUGAAACCAUUGAGGACACCGUCAUACUUGAUCUCAUGUCUAAGAUAAGAAAAAAUAGACGGACUUCGUCUCCAUUAAAGCAUGAGUACCAACCUUCCUCAUCAUCAGAAACCUCAUCUUCAGAGAGCAGCGACGAUGAAUCUUACACCGGUUCAUCGACCCAAGAUGAGAUGAGUGACGAGAAUCACGAAGAGGAUGAGGUUGAGUCUGAAGAAAACUCUAAACGCUCAUCUGAUGAGGUAUCCUCGGUUUCACGCCUCUACCAAAGAAAAGGACAUCAAACACUUCCACUUUCACAUUUCAAAAUAACGACUGGGAGGGAAGCAUCUGCUGAAAGCCUUCCACAGAUAUUCACUGCCGUUCUGUUUCAAUGGAAUGGGCAAACUGGAUGUUGGAUAAAUCUGCACGCCGAGGCAUGCACUCUUUACGUCACAGAUGGCUUGAUCGAAUGUUUUGACACUGAUAACUCGAGCUCGUCUUUUAAGGUAGAUGACGCCUCUGAACGAGUUCAUAAUAAGGCUUCUAGAAGGCUGAUAGUCAAGCAAAUUUUGACGCCUGUAGUCCAAGUUCGACAGAGUACCGCGAUUGAUAUUGAAAUUAAAUCUGUAAUUUUAACCGAAAAAAGUUCGCUCAUUUCCAAAUCGGCUCUUGACGUUAGCGAUACUUUACGAUACAGGCUCUUUACCCCUCAAGUAUGUGAUGCCUUGUAUGCCGCCAUUCACCGUUCAAGACUCAGAAACAAGACUUAUUUGCGGUUAGAAGAAGAAGCGCGCAUAAAGCGGUUUGGGACCCAUUCUUAUGAUCAAGCUAUCGGAGGUAGCCGACGACAAGGCGUGCUCGGCUUCGGACGUAAAAAUUCUUAUCGUGCUUCAACUCGUGCGCUGAGUGAGUCACGCAAUGGGAAAAGCAGCCCCUCUACUCUUACAGCUCUUCAACAUCUCUCAGGGGCAGCAGGAAUUUUAAGCUUAGCCAAGUCUUCGUUUGAGCGAAACCGAGGCAACCAAUCGGGAGCGCCCUCAACGUGUACGGGAUCAUCAUACUCCGGCGGUAUGACGCCCCCACGCACACCGAACUCGCACACGGAGAAAUCCGACAGUCUUUAUAGUAGUGGGCUAACAGUGCGUAAUUUGGGAACAUCUAACAUCCCAUUUCGGUUAUACUAUAUGUUACGUAAUGGGCACUGGCAUGAUCGAGGACUUGCUUUCUUGACAGUAUCAUUGCCUCCGCCGGACAUGAAGCAAAAAGCACCGCUCUAUAAUGGACCACAGAAGCGAACCACGAUAACGCGGACACCCAUUCCAGUAUCCGAGGACGUUACUGGAGAGGACAUUUGCGAGGCAGGUGUUAUGCUGGAUGAAGUCCUCGGGGCUAAUCUAUUUGUCCGGAUGCAGCGAAGUGGGAUUCUCCUACAGACAUGGGAGGAUGUAUCAAGUCAUGAAGGGGCCGGAGGAGUGCGUAGCUUUGGUAGUGUAGCACCACGGCGGCACAUAUGGGCGCUACAAUUUCGAAGAGCCGGUGAUGCUGAGUGGUGCUGGCAACUUUGUCGGAGUGGGCUCCCAUAG